GCGUCGUAGUCCACUCCUGCACGCGCUCUUCUUCCGCGCCUCAGCUCGCUUGUCAUAACUUAGCAGGAGAUGUCUCGAAGCUCGGGUUUCCUUUCUCACCGGCGUAUCCUGGCGUAUCCGAGACUAGCCUUUGUAUCGCUCGACUGACAGGAAAUCGUGCACAUUCGGCGUAUCUCAGACGGGCCCAACUCGCCGAAUAGUGUCAAAAAAAGGCUAACUACCACAGGUCAUUCAAUAUACAGACGUAUCGUGCCGGCGCCAGGCGUCUUAUGGCAUAUGUAGAUCAAAACACUCGUAUCGGGCGGUGGGAGUCCUCAUGAUUCUUAAGAUGGGCGUUCGUGGUUAUACGCGAUCCUCUUUUCCUUUUCCCCCAUCUUCUCCCUUGGUCCCCUGCUCUACGGAGCCUUCCUCAUUGCUAUGCCUUCUCCUUUGAACCCAGCCGUGUCGAACAAUGCACGAAGAACCUAUGCUCCAGUCUCGGCCGCACCGUCUUCCGCGGGUCUCCUUCCACCCAGCUACAGUCCAUAUCCUUCCUCCCCUUCACCGCCAUCCACGUCUCGCUCCAGUCCUACACAUGACAUCCCACUCGCAAUGCCCAGUCCGACAGUUGACGAGAAGUUCGCUCUUAUGGGUUCGCCACAAAUGAGCCGCAUGAGAAAUUCGAGUAGUACGACCUCUGCUUUUUCCGUUGGCAACGUUCCGAUCAACCACGGUCAGUAUACUCCGAGUCCGCCGCCCACGAAGGAGCGCGUCACACCUUUUCCCACCAAGUUUGGCUUAUCACCAGAUCCUGGUGCAUGGGGGCUAACCACGGCUCCGGAGCCAGACGAUGCUCUGCAUGAACCGGAUGCUCUGCGAGACUCCAAGCGAGAUUGCGGUGGCAGUAUAUUCUCAAUUCGUGGGCUGGUGAAUGUUGGUUGUUUGUUCCUCAUCGUGCUUGGAAUUCUCGGUGUCUUCGCCGGAUACCCAGUUGCAUCGUAUUUCAUCAGGAAUCCAGUAUCGAAUGAAGGCGCGUUUGGUGUGGGCGGGACGAAUGCUACUGGACAGGUGCCCGCAAUGGCCAACGGCUGGGGUCUCGUCGAUGUUGCUACACCGGACUGGGCUCGCACCCACACCUCCUUCGUAGACGGCAGCACCGACUUACAGUUGGUGUUCUCCGACGAGUUUGAGGUUGAUGGACGAUCCUUCUAUCCUGGGGAUGAUCCAUACUGGGAGGCUGUCGACUUGCAUUACUGGCAAACUGGGAAUCUGGAGUGGUAUGAUCCUGCAGCGGUCACGACCAAAGACGGAGCGUUGGAGAUCACGCUCUCGAAGAAAGAAACGCACGGAUUGGACUAUCAGGGCGGCAUGGUCACGACGUGGAAUAAGUUUUGCUUCACUGGAGGGCUUCUUGAGGUCGCGGUCACCAUGCCAGGCGCCGCUAACAUCUUCGGGCUUUGGCCUGCAGUUUGGACCAUGGGUAACCUCGGACGAGCAGGCUAUGGAGCGUCGCUUCACGGCAUGUGGCCUUAUUCCUACGAUUCGUGCGAUGUGGGCACCGUGGCCAACCAGUCGAUCAACGGCCAACCUGAAGCAGCCAUACAGAACGGAGACCCAUACAACAACGGACUACUGUCAUUCCUUCCAGGUCAAAGACUUUCUCGCUGUACGUGCAGUGGUGAAUCCCACCCCGGUCCAUUACACAAAGACAAAAGCUAUGUGGGACGUUCUGCACCUGAGAUUGAUAUGUUCGAGGCUGAGGUCUAUAAUGAUGAAGGCGCUGUGUCUCAGUCUGUGCAGUAUGCGCCAAUGAACUAUGAGUAUGUUUGGAAAAAUACAAGCGGAAGUUACGAGAUCGUCGACACUUCCAUCACGGCAGCAAACACAUACCUUGGCGGCGUUUACCAACAAGCGAUCAGUAGUGUCACUAUAUCAGAUCAGGAUUGCUACGAGAUAGGUGGGACAGGAUGUUUUGUUGUUCACGGUUUCGAAUAUAAACCGGGCUUUGGAGAUGCAUAUAUCAACUGGAUAGCGAACAACAAGACAUCAUGGGUUCUCAAUGCUUCUGGACUGUCCGCAGAUUCGAACACCCAAAUCAGUGAUCGACCAAUCUCCCAAGAGCCAAUGUAUAUCAUCGCGAACCUCGGCAUAUCUACAGGCUUCGGUGCUGUUGAUUUCGAUCAUCUCACUUUCCCUACAAAGAUGAGAGUGGAUUACGUUCGAGUAUACCAGCACCCAGAUUCCGUCAAUGUCGGGUGCGAUCCGAAAGAUUUUCCGACCACGGCGUACAUCAAACAGUAUUCUGAGGCCUAUACUAACCCCAACUACACGACCUGGACUGGAGAUAUCGCAGACGGGGCGCCAUCUAUGAUCUUCAAAUCCUGGCCGUUGUUGACCGUCACGAACGUCUUCGCCACUCUCGACGCGUCAGGAUCCAUGCUCUCGCGGGUCCCCAUCGCCAGCACCAGCGCCGUGCGCGCAUUCAGCACCUCCGCUGUCGUCCAGCGUGGCAUCACCUCCAAUAUUGGCAAGCAGCCCAUCAAAUACCCCAACAAUGUCACGUUUACACCCAGUGCGACCUCCCUCUCCAUACAAGGUCCUCUCGGCACAACCUCCAUCCCCCUAGAAUCCUACAUGACCCUGAAAUUCUCCGAGCCCGAGACUCUCGAAAUCAGCGUGGAGGAUUCGAAGAAGAAGAACCAGCGACAAAUGUGGGGCACGACUCGCACUCUCAUCAACAACGCCAUUAUCGGCAUGACCGAGGGUUUCUCCGUUCCUCUAUACCUCGUCGGAGUGGGAUACCGUGCGGCGCUGGAGGAUGACCCAAGAGGGAAGGAAUUCGGUGGUGGUGGGACGCGGUUGAACAUGAAGCUGGGUUUCAGUCAUUCGGUGAUGGUUCCGGUGCCACCUCAUAUCAAGGCGGACGUACCAUCCGCGACGAAGAUUCAGCUGUCGUGCACGGACAAGCAGAAGUUGGGGCUUUUUGCGGCUGAGGUUCGUGAUUGGCGGCGUCCAGAGCCGUACAAGGGCAAGGGUAUCUUCAUCGGCAACGAGACCAUUAGAAUAAAAGCUGUCAAGAAGAAGUAGCCUUCUAAUAGCAUCUUUCAUCUCGUCUACUAUCCUAUAGCCCUUGCGAAGGUCCUCUUUCAGGAGUUUCGUCGCUCCACAGCCGAGGAUAUGUGUUGAACCUCUUUUGCAACGGCACUCCGAGGCUAUCCACACCUCCCAUUUAACCAUCUUAUGA